CCUUUGGAAUACGGCACCUGCAGGCCCUGCUGCUCUUUUUCAAUAUAAUUGUGGUCUAUGUGAGUCGUGUAAAUGUAUCCGUGGCUAUAGUAGCAAUGACAAACGCCAAUACAACGAAUCCAGAUUUUCCGGAUUUUGACUGGAAUGAGCAGCACAAAUCCUACAUACUCUCCAGCUUCUAUUGGGGCUAUGUGCUCACACAGUUUCCCGGUGGGUAUUUGAGUCGUCGUUUCGGCGCCAAAAUAACUAUACUCAUCGCCACAUUCGCCUCCGCUGUUUGCAGUUUUAUAACGCCUGCCUGUGUACGGCUCGGCGGUUGGCCCAUAUUUUGUGUCAUACGUCUGUUACAGGGUCUCUUCCAAGGAGUUAUCUUUCCUGCCAUACACGACCACCUCGCCAAGUGGUCGCCACUGCAUGAACGCAAUCUUUUAGGAGCGCUAAGUCUGUCUGGCACUGACUGCGGUACAGUUAUAGCAUUGGCGUCAAGCGGUUUCAUUGCUAGCAGUUCGCUGGGCUGGCCUGGUAUUUCUUAUGUGUCUGCGUCACUAUGCUUUUUUUGGUGUGCAGUUUGGCUUGUAUUCGCCUCAGAUAACGCGCCUUCCUCAAAAUUCAUCUCGCCACAGGAGUGCAAGUACAUUGAAACAUCACUGGAACGCAAUGAUGACUUUCACAAACAAAAAAUACCAGUACCUUGGCGUGCAAUCUUCACUUCAGUACCGUUUCUAGCCUUCCUCGUGGGACGUUGUGCUGAGGCUUGGGGUUUCACCACAUUGCAAGCACAAAUACCUUCCUACAUGCAUGGCGUACUGAAUAUGGAAAUCAAGAAGAACGGUCUAUUCUCGGCACUGCCCUACCUGACAAUGUGGCUUUCAUUAUACGUCUACUUGGUGAUAGCAAAUCUACUCACCAAACGAAAUAUACUCACCCUGACAGCGAUGCGCAAAACAAUCAAUACGAUCUCACUGUGGAUACCGGCGCUCUUGCUUAUUAGUAUCGGUUUCUUAGACUCAUCUCAACAAACACUGGCUAUCGUGUUGAUGACACUCAAUGUGGGCAUCAAUGGCGGCUCAACCAUAGGCUGCACGCUUAACACCAUCGACCUGGCGCCUAAUCACGCGGGCAUACUAAUGGGCUUAUCUAAUACUAUCGUGAAUAUUGUGCCAAUCCUCUCGCCGCUACUUGUUGGCGUUAUUGUAACAGAUAAGCACAAUCGCACGCAGUGGCAAAUAAUCUUCGCAAUAUCCGCCGUGAUUUUCUUUCUAGGCAAUCUGUUUUACAUUAUUUGGGGCACAUCGGAAACGCAGACAUGGAACUCGGUGGACUUUCAGCAAGAGAAGGACGCAGAAAAAGCUGUGUGCAAGCAAGUUACUGUAGAGAAAGCAGUCGAACAUUUGGAAAAUGUACAAAACGAGUAAAAGGCAGAGGUUGGUGAUAAAUAAAAAGCUAUUGAGAGAUCAAGACUUUAAAGUAUUUAUAAUUUAGUUAUUUUAUAGUAUUAGUAUUAUAUUUUAUAUAGAUAUGCAUAAACGAAAUCACACAUACCAUAUAUAUUUAUGUUACGACAAAUGUCCAAAAGUCC